AUGGAACGACCCGCUGUUUUUUCCAGCGAGGAUCCCGGCGCCGGCCAGGUGGUCGAACAAACGAUCGCGUUUACGGAUAAUUUAAUCGCCGCCGCGUUCGGGUAA